GCACGCGAUGAACACUCUUACCCAUUUCUCCAUCCAAACAUCCCAUUAUUUUGCUCGUUCCAUUACGACAUUACCAACCAAGACAACGGGAAAAAAAAUUGUUAAAGUAAAAAAUAAAUAAAUAUUUUUUUGAAUGAAGUGAAAAAUAAAUUGAGUGCAUUUGAAGCACUUCGACGAGAGGUUUUGCGGCAAAGGUGUAAUCAGAGGGGGAAGAGACAUGGAAUCUUCUUCUUCAGCUGCGAUCGCAGUCUCAUCGUUGACGGAGGAGGAACUCACACUGAUAGUGAAAUGGAGCGGCAAAGAGUACACGCUUCGGGUUUGCGGCGACGACUCAGUGGCCGAGUUGAAGCGCCGUAUCUGCGAGUUCACUAACGUCUUACCCAAACGACAGAAGCUUCUCUAUCCAAAGGUCAGCGCUAAGCUUGCUGAUGACUCCCUUCUGCUCUCUCAAAUCCCCAUCAAGUCCUCCAUCAAGAUGACUAUGAUUGGCACGGUUGAAGACGAGAUAAUUCUGGAUCCAGUUGAGUCUCCUGAGAUUAUUGAUGAUUUUGAAUUUGGGCAAGAAGAAGCUGUUGAAAUUAAAGAUAAAGAGGUCAAUAAGCAAAAACUGAGACGACGCUUUGAUCAGUACAAGAUCAAGCUCAGGACUCCAUGCCGUGAAGGAAAGAAAUUGCUUGUUCUGGAUAUCGACUAUACUUUGUUUGACCAUCGCUCCACAGCUGAAAAUCCAGUUGAACUUAUGCGGCCGUAUCUUCAUGAGUUUCUUACAGCUGCAUAUGCAGAAUAUGACAUCAUGAUAUGGUCUGCAACAAGUAUGAAGUGGGUUGAAUUGAAGAUGGGAGAGCUUGGUGUGCUGAACAAUCCAAAUUACAAAAUAACAGCCCUUCUAGACCAUUUAGCCAUGAUCACAGUUCAGUCAGCCUCUGGUAGGAUCCUUGACUGUAAGCCGUUGGGCUUGAUUUGGGGUCAUUUUCCGGAGUUUUACAGUGCAAAAAACACAAUCAUGUUUGAUGAUUUGCGAAGAAAUUUUGUGAUGAACCCACAAAAUGGAUUGAAAAUUAAGCCAUUUAAGAGGGCUCAUGCAAAUCGAGAUAGUGAUCAGGAACUUGUAAAGCUCACCCAAUACUUGCUGGCUAUUGCGGAUCUUGAUGACCUGACCACUCUUGAUCACAAUAGCUGGGAACUCUUCAAUGAGGACAAUGCAAAAAGACGCAGGCACGCAUAGUUAUGUUGGUAAGCUUUGAAGUUUCAACGAGUCUUCACAUUUGUUGAGGUGUAUACUUAUUCUAUUGGCAUACUUCUAGUUGUUUCUCUACUAAUAUAUUUGCUUAUAUCUAUGUUAUUGCAGACAUCCUUUUGAGGAUUAAUGUCUACAUUUUUUAGAUAGAUUAAACAGCAAGAACACAUUUUUAUCCACCCUUAUUGUAGCAAGCCUCAGACAACACUAAACAGUGAGAGGUGUAGAGUGUUGGACCAUUUUGCGAUAACUUGUUCAAAAUGAAAGCUGAUAUGGUUUCAGCAUGUACUUUGGUCA